AUGGAGAAUAACAGAUUUUCAAGUAAUGAACAAAUUACAAAUGAUAUUGAUCAUGAGAAAUAUCAUACAGUUUCAUUACGUAGUGAUUUACCAAGAAUCCCAAAAUAUUACGAAGAAGAAUCACUUCACUAUGCAUCACCAAAUGAAUUUUGGAUGAAAAAAUUAGAUCCAUUAUAUAACUAUGGAAAAAAUUCUUCCUCAAAACAUGACUCAUCUACACUCGAUAAUAUUCAAUAUAGUAUAACCAAUGGGCCAUAUACAUCCACUUGUAAUAAUCAUCCUAUUCUGACUGCUUUUCUUCGUGCAUAUAAUUCUCAUGAAGAUAUUAUUUUAUCUCCUGAUGAUAUAUGGUUAAUGAUAUGUAUUUAUUUCGCAAAAUAUGUUAAUAAUAAUAUGGCAAAACUUCGUCAUCUUUUUAUAAAUACACAAAAGAAUGAAUUACUAACAGUUGACAAUGAUCAAACAACUGAAAUGAAUUGGGAAAAUUUCCUUCAGCAAAUAUAUUUUCAAAUGGCAAAUUAUGUUAAAAAUGAUCUUUGUCUAUUAUUAACAAAUAAUUUUUCUACAACAACGAAAGUUGAGUCUCUUCUUUCAUCAUUAACAAUCAUGAGUACAUUUAAGAAACGUUUUGAUUAUACAUAUUCAAUAAAUUCUUGUGGAAUUCGUCAUAUUCAUUUUAUGGGAAAUAUUGAUGAUUGGAUAUUAUUACGUGAAAAAACUUCUCAAUUGAAAUUUUAUACGAUUGAAAAUGAUGAUUUCUUUGUAUAUAUUAAUGGAAUAUUACCUAUACUCGAUGAAUUUAUUCAAACAUAUCAAGGUAAUGUGAAUAAUCAAUUUUGGGAUACUAUUUUUGAUAUUAAACAUACAAAAGAUGAAUCAAAUCAAUCUAAUGGAAUGUAUAUGAAUGGUUGGUUUCUUCAAUUAUGCUAUGGAAAUCAUAUGAAACAAACAUGUUUUAUGUCAUGUAUUGAACUUGAUUCUCUUAUCGUACCUGUUCAAGUUGAAAAUGAACAUACAAAUACAUCGAAAACAUGUUAUUUAAUUGGAGGUUUUCAUGGUGUUAGAUCAUAUAAUGAACAACAUAAACCAGUCAUGAGUUUAGUUGUUAUAGAUGAUAUAACAACUAUCACAAACCUAGAAAAAUAA